GCGACUCCUCCCGCCGCCGCUGCAGCCGCAGUGACAGGCAAGCCGGGCGGGUGACGGGAAGUGCGGGCCGCGGGCGCGGGCGGGAGGUGACAGCAGCCACGCGGGGAAGAUGGCUGAGGACUUCGGCUUCUUCUCAUCGUCGGAGAGCGGGGCCCCGGAGGCCGCCGAGGAGGACCCAGCGGCCGCCUUCCUGGCCCAGCAGGAAAGCGAGAUUGCUGGCAUCGAGAAUGACCCGGGUUUCGGGGCACCUGCCGCCAGCCAGGUGGCCUCUGCGCAGCCGGGACUCGCGAGCGGGGCUGGUUCAGAGGACAUGAGUACUACAGUCAAUGGAGAUGUGUUUCAGGAGGCUAACGGGCCUGCCGAUGGCUACGCUGCGAUUGCCCAGGCGGACAGGUUGACUCAGGAGCCCGAGAGCAUCCGGAAGUGGAGAGAGGAGCAGAAGAAAAGGCUGCAGGAGUUAGACGCUGCCUCGAAGGUGACCGAACAGGAGUGGCGGGAGAAGGCCAAGAAAGACCUGGAGGAGUGGAACCAGCGCCAAAGUGAACAGGUUGAGAAGAACAAGAUCAACAACAGGAUCGCUGACAAAGCGUUCUACCAGCAGCCAGAUGCUGAUACCAUUGGCUAUGUGGCAUCGGAAGAGGCUUUUGUGAAAGAAUCCAAGGAGGAGACCCCGGGCACAGAGUGGGAGAAGGUAGCCCAGCUGUGUGACUUCAAUCCCAAGAGCAGCAAGCAGUGUAAAGAUGUGUCCCGCCUGCGCUCGGUGCUCAUGUCCCUGAAGCAAACACCACUGUCCCGCUAGGUGCCCGUCACGAGAACGGCCGCGAAGCACAUGGGCCUUGCUGGGGCAGAGGAGCAGCUGCUUCCGCCAGAGUGGAACUUCCUCUGGCAGCUGCCACACACAGCCUGUUCUGUUCCUCUGAAUCUCUGGGAGCUAGGAAGUGGGACCCUUACCCCUUUCACCCCACAACUCCUUCCUGGUCCCCUGGCCCAGCCCCUCAUGACUCCUGUCAGCCCACUCAAUUGUGACUGUCCCUCCUGAUGUAUUUUUCUUGGCUUAAAGGGUGUGUUAACUCUUUUUACACUUAUUUAUUAGUAUCCUCAUUUCUCUGGAAGCCGCAACUGGUGUCAGCGCUCAGUUUGUGCAUAGAAUUUUCCUAGCUCCGUGUCCUUAAAAGGUGAGGAUGUAGUCUUAGAAACCCAGAGCUCGCAGCUGGAAGCAGGAACCCCAACCUGUCUGUGUCUGCUGUCUGCCCUCCAAGAAGAAAGGCAAAUUUUCACGAGACAGGGUCUGCAACCUUGCUCUCUGUGAUUCUUUAACAAGUCUGAAGGUAGGGACUCUGCUGUCCUCAUGUAUAGCUGAGAAAACUAAGACUCCCCAAACAGAAUUGGCUUUUGUGUAGAAAGGAAGUGAGGCCAGCGUGCUCUAAGGCUGUGUCUAGGCCUGAGUAAGGGUGGCAAAUACAGCAUCCGCCCAACCUUCUUCCUCGAGAGUGACCAAGACCCUCUUAAGACAUGCAGGCCUGCUGCAGUACAGAUGUGCCUCCCUCUUCAGCUAUUCCCCCCUGUGGACUUAGGAUAAGCAACAGUGACCACACCUUCUUCCCCUUCAGCAGAGGCCGUAUAACAGGACUUUAAGCCAUUACGAUCUACAUGGUGUUUGAAAAGAUUUGGGUAAUUGCUAACAGUAUUAGUUCCCUAAGAUUGCCAUUAAAGAAUACCAAAAAACCUGGCUGCCUUAGAGCAUCAGAAAUCUGUUGUCUCAAUUCCGGAGGCUAAAAGUCCCAAAUUUGGGAACGACCAAGCCACGCCCCCCAGAGAUGCUAAGGCAGGACCUGUGCCUCUCGUAGCUUCUAGUAGCUCAGGUAUCCUUUGGUUUGCAGAUAUAGGUCUCCAGUUUUGCUUACACCCUCACAUGGCUGUCUGUGUUCAUCAUUUUCCCAUGUAUAAUUUGUGUGUCCAAUUUUUUUUCUUUUUUUGGUUUUUUUGAGACAGGGUUUCUCUGUAUAGCUCUGGCUGUCAAUCUUUUUUUUUAAAUAUGGAUACGAGGGGCUAGAUAUAUGGUUCAGUGGUUAAGAGCACUGGCUGCUCUUCCAGAGGUUCUGAGAUCAAUGCCCAGCAACUAACUACAUGGAAACUUAAAACCAUCUGUAAUGGGAUCUGAUACCCUCUUCUGGCAUGCGUGUGUACAUGCAGAGAGAGAGAGGGGAGUGGGGAGAACUCCUAAAUAAAUUUUAAAACAAUGGAUACCAGUAUUACUGGAUUAAAGCCCACCUUAAAGACUGUA